CAGGUUUCGAUUUCCCUGCCGGCCCCUCUCUGCGCGGCGUCCCCCAAACUUGGGGGUGAAUGGCGGGCGCGGCGGCGCCAAGUGGGACGCCUGGGGGGGCCGGCCCAGCGGAGCCCGAAGACGCGCGCGGCUGGCGCAGCCCGGAGCACGGCGACCGCGUGGCUGAGCUCUUCGGUCGCCGCUGCCGCCGCUGCGUGUGCGCGCUUUGCCGGGUGCUGGGCUCGCACCGCGGCCACCCGGUUGGUCUGGCGCUGGAGGAGGCGGCGCGCGUGCAGAAACUCACCCAAGAAUGUUUAAAGAAUUUGACAACCAAGAAGCAGCAGCAAGUUGGCAACAUAACCCAACAAGAUGCUGCUGAGAAGCUCAAGGCUCAUGCAGAGUCAAGUAAAACCUGGCUGACAAGGAAAUUUACUGAACUCAGAUUACUACUUGAUGAAGAGGAAGCUCUGACCAAGAAAUUCAUUGAGAAAAACACGCAGCUUGCCCUGCAGGCGUACGGGGAGCAAAUCGAGUCUUGUGGGGAGCAAAUCGAUGUCAUGAACAAUCUCUCCACCAGGGUCUGGAAUAUCAGCCAGGAACCCAGUCCUGUACAGCUGCUGCAAGUAAUGCUGGCCGCUGAGCAGCAGAUGCAGCAGCAGAUGAGCCUGGGGGAGUCGUGCCACCCCGUGCCCCACUCCUUUGAGCCCGUCAAGAGCUUCUUUAAGGGCCUUGUGGAAGCCAUGCAGAGCCCGCUACAGACGCCACUGGACGUCCGCCUUAAGGCGAACGAGAACUGCCAGCUCUCGGGCUCCUCCAGCGCCCAGCCGGGUUCCCUGUUGAAAACAAGCCCCUCACCAGAGCGAUCACUCUUCUUAAAACACGCGCGCACGCCCACGCUGGAGCUAGACGCGCUACACGCGCGCCUGCGCCUCUCGGCAGACCGCCAGAAGGUGCGUUGCGGCCACCUCGGCGGGCUGGGGCUUAAGGCCGCACUGCAUUUCGACGCGCUGUGGCAGGUGCUGGGCCGCGACUGCUUCGACGCCGGCAGCCACUACUGGGAAGUGGACGUGCAGGAGGCGGGCGUCGGCUGGUGGGUGGGCGCGGCCUACGGCUCCCUGCGGCGCCGCGGGGCCUCGGCCGCCGCCCGCUUGGGCUGCAACCGCCAGUCCUGGUCCCUCGAACUAUAUGACCUCGAGUACUGGGCCUUCCACGACGGCCAGCGCAGCCGUCUGCGGCCCCGCGACGACCCCGACCGGCUCGGGGUUUUCCUGGACUAAGAGGUCGGCGUCUUCACCUUUUACGACGUGACGGGCGGCAUGACCCACCAGCACACCUUCCGUGCCGCCUUCCAGGAGCUGCUCUACCCGGCCCUGCGGCUCUGGGAAGGGGCCAUCAGCAUCUCCCGACUGCCCUAGGGCCCGACACCUGAGUGGCCGCCCUAGGCUCUCCGCGGCUCUGGUCUCACCCGAUCCAGACGAUCCAGACGUGGCUGGUCUUCUGCCGCCUCUUUCGUCUUUGCCAGGGAGAAGGGGACAGUGAUGAUAGCCUGGUGGAGACACAGCCUAGCAGAGGGCACACAGAGGUGGCCCAGCGCAGCCAGGGCAUGGUGGGCAGGCGUCCAUACCAUGAGGAGAGGACAGGCUGCCCAAGAAGCCAAGCUGCAUACGAGGUGGGACGGUAAGCAUAAGCGGGGGGGGAGGCCCAAGGUUGCGUCCGCCGUGUCCUGCUCUGAAGCCUUCCAUGGCUUCCCAUUGCCUGUUGAACACAGUCCAAAGUCAGCAGGCUUUUAAGCCCUUGCUUCCUUCCUGACAACCUUCCAAAUCCCUUCCUUCCUCUCCAUGUGGCCAUUCCCUGCCCAACUUUCAUCUGGACAUACAGGGUACUUCCCAUGCCCCAGAUCCCACAAUUCCUCCCUCAGUCACUUCUCAACAUGCACGGUUGAACUAAAGUGCCACCUCCUCCAGGAGAGCUUCCCUGGCCAACGCCUCCUCUCCCAUCCCCACUCCCAUAGCUCUCAUGACUCUUGGAAAACAUUUCAGCAAUUCACACAUGCAGGGCACUAUUUGUGGAGGUACCUGCACCCAAUAGGCUGUGAAUUCUCCGACAGGGACCGUCUGCUGCCUCACUGUGGGCCCAGCACUGGAUCUCCUUCCUGGCAGGUGCUCAGGGACGUACGAAUACGCCAGAGCUGUGCCCAGAGAUCCAUCCUCCUGCUCUCAGGGCCUGGCACAGCAUGAGGUGGCCAGCUGCUCCUGGCUGCAGGCAGCCCCAUACUUUACCUACACACGUCAUUCACAGGCUAUGAUUUUCUCUAUGUGCACUGAUGGGAAGCGGGUUCUAGACGAUGGCCCUUCUUCACAGUUCUCUCCAACACAUUACCCAAUCCUCUACCCAAAAGGCAGAGUUAGGCCCUGUGCCCUCAGUGGCUCUUCCAGGUGUGAUCCUCACUGGCUUCUGCCUUCUGGGGGAAUCUAGCUGAGGUCUACAGAGCAGCCUGGGCCCUUCUCACAUUCCAGUCUGACAGGACCUGGAAGCAACUGAUGGGUUCCCUGCUAGAAACCGCCUGCCGUACAUUCUCAGCCAGAGCCCCGGCUAGGCUCUUCCCUCCUUUCCUUUCAGACCCACCUCCUCUUCCCAGGCCCUGGAACACAUCCGUCUACUACCAUACUAAGUCUCUUCUUGUUAGGAGGUCUCAGAUAUUUAAUGUCAUCUCUGCUCUUGUAGGAAAAAAAAAAAAGGCUAUGGAAUCAGAAAUUUUGAUU